AAACCCAUGCCCGCCCCUCCCUCGCCGGCCGGCCUGUGUGCCCCAAUAAGCAGCAUCAACGUUCAAUAUAAUGCUGUUAAGCUGUGAUUGAUAAGGUUACGAUGGUCAUGUAUUUCCGCCUGUCUUUCAGUGCCUUUAACGGGGGUCGUACUUAGAGUGAAGAAUGAUGAAGAAGAAGCCUCCAGCACCGUGACGGCGUGACGUUUGCCUGGAGGGAAGACAUCCGUGGUGAUUACUGCCCCGGCGAACCGUGUGCUCUGUUAGCAGGGAUGGCGGUGGGGUGGUGGCCGCUGCCUCGCCGCCUGGCUGGCAGGCUCAGCUGGCGGCAGCUCAGCACCAGGGCCUUCUUGGGGGCAGAGGCUAGCAGCAGUGAUGUGUGUGGCAAGGGUGGCGAUGGACAGACCUUCUUCAUCACAACUCCCAUUUUCUAUGUCAAUGACCGGCCACACAUCGGCCACCUGUACUCUGCCCUGCUGGCUGACGCUGCUUGCCGCUUCCAGCAGCUGCAAGGCAUGACGAGGGAAAGGACGCUCUUCUCCACUGGCACUGAUGAACAUGGCCUCAAGAUCCAGCGGUCGGCCGAGGCGGGGGGCCGGGAUGUGCAGAAGUUUUGUGACGUGGUCUCAGGGGAGUUUCGGUCACUAUUUGUGUCUGCCGAUAUAAGCUUCACCGAGUUUGUACGGACCAGUGAUUUAGAGCACUGUGCCACAGUGCAGCGAGUGUUCCGGGCGCUUGCUGAUGGUGGGCACCUGUACCGUGGGCGUUACCAGGGCUGGUACUGCUUGUCAGAUGAGGCUUUCCUAGGGGAAGGUGAGGUGCGGGAGGAGCAGCUGCCCAACGGUCAGACUGCCAUGGUGAGCAUGGAGAGCGGCCGCCCUGUUGAGUGGCACAGCGAGGACAACCACAUGUUUCGGAUGUCAGCCUUCCGUGGCGAGCUUCUGCACUGGCUGCGGGCGGAGGGGCGGGUGCGGCCGCAGCGGUUCCAGCGGCAGCUUGAGCAGUGGGUGUCUGAAGGGCUGCGGGACCUGUCAGUGUCCCGCCCAAGAGAGCGGGUGCCCUGGGGCGUGCCUGUGCCCGGGGAUGAGGAACACACUGUGUAUGUGUGGGUGGAUGCUCUUACCAACUACCUAACGGCAGCUGGUGGGUUCCCGGCGCCCCGCAUGUGGCCGCCAGAUGUGCAGGUGCUGGGUAAGGACAUCUUGCGGUUCCAUGGCCUGUGCUGGCCUGCCCUGCUGCUGGCGCUGGGCCUGGAGCCGCCGCGGGCCCUGCUGUGCCAUGGCCACUGGACCAUCGGCGGGCAGAAGAUGAGCAAGUCGCUGGGCAACGUGGUGGACCCUGGGGAGGCAGCGGCCCAGUACACGAGUGAGGGGCUGCGGUACCUGCUGCUGCGUGGUGGUGCCCCCCACGCUGACAGCCCCUGGGGCGGGGUGGGGGCUGGCCGCGUCCUCAAUGCUGAGCUGGGCAGCACGCUGGGCAACCUACUGAGUCGCUGUACCGCCCCGGCCCUUAACCCCAAGGGCCGGGUGCCGCCCCUGGACCUGGGCCUGCUGGAGGCCUCGGCGGCGGGUCAGCAGCUGGCGCGGCACCUUGCCAUGCUGCCUGAGACUGUGGCUGGACACUACACUGACUUCAACUUCCACCAUGGCAUUGAGGCGGCCAUGGCGGCGGUGCGGCAAGCCAACGCCUUCGUGCAGGAGGAGCAGCCGUGGACGCUGGCUAAGGAUGCCGCCAGCCAGCCACGACUUGACCUGGUGCUGCGGCUGUCCUUUGAAGCGCUGCGGUCAGCGGGUGUGGCGCUGCUGCCAGUGGUGCCGGGGCUGGCCACACGCUUGCUGGAUGACCUGGGUGUGCCACUGCCCCUCAGGACCUGGCCCAGCCUCGCCUUCGCCUUCACACAGCCACAGCAAGACUACCUCAGCACUGCCUUUACCCUCGGACCAAGGCGGAAACUGUUCCCGAGGAUCAAGCUGGAGUAGCAGUGCUGUGUUUGUGUGUAUGUGUGUGCAUUUUUUUUUUUUUUUUUUUUUUUUUUUUUUUGUGUGUGUGUGUGUGUGUGUGUGUGUGUGUGUGCACAGCUGUACAUAAGGAAAUUACUGCACAUGUAUUGAUUGCUUCAGUGUUCAGUGGCUGUACCAGAAGAAUAAAUUGAAUUAUGAUGUAUCUGGGCUGUCUGUCUAAACAAUCACAUGUUGCACAUUUAUUAUUUUAUAUACAUGACAGACUUAAUUUUUUUUAUUUGACAAUUAUUUACAAAUGCUAGGAUACAAGACCUAGAGGCAGAGUGUAUUAAAUCCAAUAUUCAUCAUGUCCUUAUUGCUUCAGAUUUGUUCGUGAGCGCACGUGUGUUUGUCAUUACUUUGCCUACCACCAUAAUGUUGUUAACCUUUUGCUGAAAACUAAAGUUGAGGGUUUACGCUACAGCUGCAAAUGGACUCACUGCUCAUCUCCAUCGUAUUGGCACUUGUUUAAGCCUCCGGUGGAUGAGAACUCGUUACUUUGCUGCCCAAAGAUCAAGUGUGAUAUCAGAUCUUUAGGUUAUUAGAAUAAAAGAAUAAUGUAAUAAGGAACAUUGAAGUUGAGAAUUUUAUUUAUUUAUACAUUUGUUUGUGCACUUACCUCUGUCAUCAGAUUAUACUCACCUUUAUGCUGCCCUCUUGACCUAAAGCUGAGUCCAGUAACUUAAAAUGGCAACAGGUUCACUUGGCUAAGUAAGUGUUUAUCCCCUUUAAGACCAUACAUCAGAUAUGACGGAAAACUAAAUAUAAUGAACGCUGGUGGUUGUCAGGGGCAUAAAUUUUGGACCAUUCUCGUUUUAGUUUAUGUAGUGGGCGGGAGAUUCCGUACCCUGACUUGCUGUGGUCUGAAAUGGUUCACCUGAGAUCCGUAGAGUUCACUGGUGUUGGGUUUCCUCUCCCUGCUGAUUAGAUGGAAGGAUUAACUGACCACGAUCACGAAGCAUCACGUUGUCACUUCUCACUUCAUCAUUAUCAUUAUUAUUGUUGUUAGUAUUAGCAGUAGUAGUAGUUGUGGUAGUAGUAUAAUAGUGGUGUAGUUGUAUGCAUAGUAGGAGCGGUGAUGGUAAUAGUUUGACGACUUAUUUUUAUUUAUAUAUAUACACAUUUACUCACUGCCUGCCAUGUUACCCUUCCAAUUUCUUCCCUCCUUACAUCCAUCCUUUCUUACAUCCUUCUUAUAUUCCUUCUCUUUUUCCUUUUCUUUCUUCCUUCUUUCCUUUAUUUCUUGCCGUCUUACCUUCCUUCCUUAUAUCUUUCUUCUUUACUCCUUUCUCUUUUUUCCUUUCUUCCUCCCUUCCUUCCUUCCAUCCCUUCUCCAUUCAAUUCCUUCCCUUCUUUUUUUUCCUUUCUUCCAUCUAUACUUCUUCCCUUCCUUUCUUAUCGUCUUACCAACGUUUUCUAACCCUUUUAUUUAUCUAACGUUUUUAUUAUUCUAUUUAUUUUCUUAUCCUGUUUAUUAUUUUUAACUUGACUUCGUGA